AUGGAAAGCGAGUCCAUGUUGCAGAUGUCUGGUGGAAGAGAGUUCCGGAGACGAGGGGCAGAGCAGCUAAAGGCUCUGAACCCCAUGGUGGUCAAACAAGCAGGAGAUACGGACAUAAGGAUGGUUCAAGGCUACUCGUCAGAAGAGAUUCUGGCGGAGUCCAGAGCCGUGUUGGAGACCAAUGGGGAGUGGGAACUCAUAGAUAUCGGCGUUAGCAAUUUUACCUUGGUGUUUGGUGGGGAAAGCUACUCUGAGAUCAUAUACUCUGUAAGCAUUUUUAUUAUUCUAUUACAAAUGCCUCUUGCCUAUGUGGUGAACCUCCUGAUCUGCAGUUGCUUCCUCAUCGCAGUGGACCUCUUCAGCGUCCUGCUGCCUCCCCACAGUGUGGACCGAUCCUCUUUCAAGAUGACCCUCAUCCUGGACUACACAGUUUUCCUGCUCAUCAUGAACGAGCUGCUGCCUUCCACCGGGGACACGACACCUCUCACCAUCAUUUUCUUCUCCAUCAGUCUCUCUCUGAUGGUGGCCAGCCUGCUGGAGACAGUGUUAAUCACUAGUAUCCAGUCCAGCAACUCCAGUGUGGUGCCUCACUGGUUCAGUGUCGUUGUGUUAAAAUAUUUAGCUGUUGCUGUUUGUCUCCCUCCAAAGAAAAAGAGCAACCAAAUCACUGUCUUCUUCAACUCAUCUACUAGAGAUGGACGACCACUUCCAGGGAGCAACACCUCACAGGAAUGGCAAAUGAUCGGGAGGGUCAAUGACCGUGUGCUGUUUGGCUUGUACAUUGUCUUUAUCAUUGUCAGCUUCAUCACCAUCAUCAGUAUCUGGAUCUAUAACAACUCGUACGAGGCACGAGCUGCCUAG